AUGUUAAUUAACUUCGAGUUUCCGAUCUAUUCUGUAUAUAAGAAUGAACUUAAACAAUCACCCUCCAGAGUGAUUAUGAGCAUUCUAGAGCACUACGAAAAACGCGUGUUAGACAAAGCUCUAAAAACUGAUGAUAAUGUGGAAUUAAAGCGCAGUGAAGAUCACAUCGACAGCGAUGCUUCGCUCGAUGAGAUAUUGGAAGAACUAGAAGACAAUGAUGACGAGUUUCUACAAGGCUACCGCGAACAAAGGCUCCAACAAAUAGCCACAGAGAUGCGUCAAGUGAAAAGUAAUGUCGAGAACGAACAUUAUGGCCAAUUGAGGACGGUGGACGAUGAACGUGAGAUUAUGAAACUCACAAGUAAUUCCGAUCAGGUCGUAAUACAUUUUGGCCUGGAGAAUUUCAAAAAAUGUGGUGUGAUGGACUCAAAACUGUCGCAACUCGCACCCAAGCAUCUUUUGACCCGGUUUUUGCGUGUGAGCGUGGACAAAUGUCCGUUUUUGGUAACCAAACUGCAAAUCAAAGUGCUGCCUUUUGUUGUAGCGUACAAGAAGGGAGUAGAACGGACGAGAAUCGUUGGGUUUUCGCGCCUUGGGAACCAGCCUGACGAUUUCGACGUAUCAGUACUGGAAAAAGUUCUGUUUGAAGCUGGUGUGCUGGCCAAUAAAGCGCGCACCGGGGGCCAACGUUCCGCGUGGCAAGCGGCCAGGUCAGUCUCUGCUGGUGACAGCGAUUCCGAUCUAGACGUAUAA